CACAAAGACUUAAUUUUAUGUAAUUUCCAUUCAUCGGUGUGCUAUCCGGAACAAACCUUUCUCUCAACAAACUGAUUCAUGUUCUUGAGGGAGCAAUAUAAUGUCCUUCCCUUAACAAGUAUGCAAAAGGCACAUAAUAUUAGUAACACUUUAUAUAUUUAAAAAUUCCAUAUAUACUGAGUAAGUAAUAUAAUAUUCUAUAAAGUAUAAAAAAAAAAAAAAAAAAAAUUCAUAUUGAUUCUAAGCUUUAUAAUAUAAAAGGAAAAACCUAUUUGUUGUGUACUUAGAAGCAGAUCAGAAAGUGAAUAAGGCUGAGAAGAGUGAGUCAUCAUCGUACCCAUCAUAUCAUCUGUCUCCGCCGUCUACCGUCGAACAUAGCAAUUAUGAAGCGGAAGAGGCAAAGGCAAUCUAAAAAAACAGAUUUGAAGCCAUCUAAAAUAACGGAUUUGAACUCUGAUGUGUUGAAACACGUUAUGUAUCAUGUUGCCGUAUCACCUGAUGGAGCUGGAAAUCUUGCCCGGACUUUAUCAGUCUGCAGAAUGUUCAAGGAACUUUCUGAUGAUUCUGACAUCUUAAAAGCCGUGGAAUUUGAUAAGGUUAAGCUUUCUGGUAUUCAUGAAUCAUUCUGGCAACCUUCUGGGAUGUUAUGUAGGUGCUUACAGACAGGAAAUCCAACUGCUUUCAAUGCAAUAAGAAAGAAUGCAGAAAUAUUGAAUGCUUCUUAUCAGAUUCUGAAGACGGACAUGUUCCGCGGAAAGAUGAUUCUUAUGGCAAGAAGCAGAGCUCUUGAAAUUGCAAAUACCAGGGCAAGAAAGAAGGCUCUUGAAGAUGCUAUAGAUAGAUGCACAAGCACUUUUGAUGCUGUUGAUGUUCAAAUCGAAAAAAUUGAGCAGUUUUUAGAGAUGUUGAUGGCUGUACUCAGAGUAAUGAGAGGAGGUGAGAUUGCUCAAUGAGGUUGAGCUGUUGCAGGGCUUUUUGAUGGUGCAUGAGUUAAACAUCUACAAAGACAAGCACUCGACAAAAUCCAAAUUCAGCAUUUGAGCCUUUCACUAUAUGUCGUGGAGCUUGCUGAGUGGUUAAAAUCCCCUUGUCGUCAUCGUCAGUGAAAUGGCAACAGUUAUAUCAAACAUAAUUAUCACUCCAAACUUUGCCAAAUUUUGGUGCUCUCUGUGUAUCUGAGUCAUCUGCCCUUUUUUUUUUUUUUUUUUUUUUUUUUUUUUCUUUUUACAUUUUGUGGUGUCGACUGAAAUAUCCUAGUUAUGAGGAUGUAAAUCCAUUUGAAAUUGGAGUUCUAUUUUAGCUUUGUUGUGCUAAAUGGAUGCUAAAGCCUAUAAUGUGAUGGCAAGAAGACCUAUACCUUAAGACUUUUAGUUAGAAUGUGGAGUUCACAUACCUCCUUCUCCUUCUAUUGGCCCUUUGUGUUUAGACAUUGUUUAGCUGCUUAGGGGUGUCCUCUCUUCCCUAACGUCUGUAUAGAGUCCCGUGUCGUUCCUUUUUAAUGUUAAAUGCAGAUUAUUUUCUCGUUUUAAAUGCAGAAUCAUUGUGCUAA